AUGAUCUCAUUACUACGUCUUUGGGUUCCUGCUGUUGUCUUUCUGAUUAUCGGAAAUGCCAUCCCAGCUUUCGCCGCGACUCCUACGGCCACUAUUGACUCUGGUGCCGUGGUCGGAGUGGCCACAUCAGUCACGGGUGCCACUGUCACAGUUAACAAGUACCUAGGAAUACCCUUCGCCGCUUCUCCAAGGCGCUUUGCACCGCCAGUCAAACCCACACCAUGGAGAUCUCCUUACCACGCGACCAAGUAUCGCCCUGCGUGUAUCCAGCAGUUCAACUACCCAGAAGCCCAAAGAAAUGCCACAAUUGCAUGGUAUAACACGCCUCCACCGCCUGCUGGAGAGAGCGAAGAUUGCCUCAAUUUAAACGUGUACGUUCCUCAGACACCUACACGUAAUAAGACAGUAAUGGCUUGGAUUUACGGUGGUAAUCUCAACUUCGGGUCUAAUUCAGUCUCUAUAUAUGACGGGACAUCCUUUGCCGCAGAACAAGACAUCAUUAUUGUUUCCUUCAACUAUCGGACCAACGUCUUUGGGUUUCCUAAUUCCCCAGAAUUACCCUUCGCCAAAAGAAAUUUGGGAUUCCUUGACCAGCGUCUUGCUCUCGACUGGAUCCAGCGAAACAUCAAAGCAUUCGGCGGCGAUCCGAAGAAAGUGACCAUCUUCGGAGAAAGUGCGGGCGCAGCGAGCGUUGAUAUUCUCGUAACGACACACCCCUACCACCCGCCCUUUCGGGCUGCUAUAAUGGAAUCUGGCCAGACGUCGUUCUACAUCAACCCAACUAACGUCCCAGCCUCUUGGCUCGCUCUCGCCGCCGCGCUGAACUGCACGGAAACACACCCUACAUCCAACUUGACCUGUCUCCGCAGCCAUCCAGCCUCGGUGAUACAGUCGACUAUUGAACAUCUCGCACUGUCCUUCCGUCCUGUCUCCGACAAUGUCACGCUCCUCCGAUACCCCGAACUUGCGCGGUUGAAUAAGAGCAUCGCGUCCGUCCCCGUACUGACCGGGACCAACGCAAACGAAGGCACCGUGUUCACGGUCGGCCAGACAGACUCGGCGUCAUUCCUCAACGAACUCUUCCCGAAUCAGACAGCAUAUGUCCAGGACAUACUAGCCGCGUACCCACUCACACCUGCCGCGGUUCAGCUCGCAGCUAUAUUUACCGACUUGGCCUUCCAAUGUCCUGCGGGGAUUCUGGCAAAUGACUCGCGCACUGCCGGGCUCCCGACCUGGCGAUACUACUUCAAUGCCACGUUCACGAAUACCCAGAUCUACCCCGGCGCCGGCGCCUAUCAUGGCUCUGAGAUCUCGUUGGUCUUUGGCACCUAUCCGCGCGUCAAUGCUACUGAGCAGCAGCACGCACUGAGCCGAUAUAUGCAGAAUGCGUGGGCGGCGUUUGCGCGGGAUCCGGCCGAUGGGCCAGGCUGGGAAGGCGUGCCACGUGUCGGGGUUCUAGGGAACCCAGGGAUGUUGAAGACAGCGUUCAAUGCUGGUACAUUGGAUGCUAAGUGUAGCCUAUUCCGACCAUAUUAUGAGACGAUCGGUAGUGCGGUGCCGCAUAGUGGUGGUGAUUGA